AUGGUUCUCAGCCAGAAAAGGGUGGAGUGCCCACUCCGGGUCGGGGAUGAGUUCCUGUCCCAAGUGGAGAAGUUCAAGUAUCUUGGAAUCUUGUUCGCGAGUGAUGGGAGAAGGGAGCCGGAGAUCGACAGACGGAUUGUCGUUCCAGAGCUGCUGAGUGGAGGGCUCACUGCGAUGACUGGCGAUGGACUCAUCUCCUCAACGGGAUUAAUAACCUAUGAUGCUUUGGGACAGAGGAUGCGAGUUAAAAACUUCGGAAUUGGUGACAAUCAGGACUUUGCUCUGGACCAGCUGAUGCUUUUUAGCGAGGGGGUCUAUUACAAGUCCAACUGGAAAACACUCUCUUGCAAGAAGAUGAAGCUGGAUUCCUCCUUCAUUCCCAUGCAAGUUCCCCCUGAUGCUAAACUGAUGGUUCAGGUGUUCAUGGGCUCCUCCUCCUCUUGGGGAAUGGGUGUGCUAACCAACACCUGGCAUUUAUUCGACUGUCUUUACCCUGUGUCCUUCACAAGCUAUACUCCACAAUCUGGGUGGCUCACUGUCAGCACCUUCAACUGGAUAAUUGGUAUUUCUAAUCCCAUGGAUUUCAUCCCGCCUGACUUCUGUGUCGACUCUAAACUGGAGGAAACAAAGACACCACAUAGCUUCUUCACUGCUGUGGAGUCUCUGGCCAUGAAAACCAAGAGAGACAAAUAA